CCGUCGAGGAAGGAGGAAAGUGAAAUCCGAAGAUGGAAAAAAGGCAACACCGGAACUCAAUCCGCCGUCAUUAAUUCCUCUUUCCUUUUUCUCUCUCUCAAAAACCAUAACUGGAAACCGCGUUUUUUUUUUUCUUUUCACCUGUCCCUUUGCCGACGAAUACAAAGCCCAAACCGCGUUUCUUUACUGUUCUAGUAUCUUUCCAUUUCCAUUUUCACAUCAAUGGAAAUUAAUGGUGGGAGUGUUGUUUGAGUUUCAUUUUCAAGAACCCAUCAGAGAACUCUUCUUGUUUCGUUUUCAAGAAAGCUGUGUUUUUUUUUAAAAAUUUUUUUUUAAUUUUUGGGAAUGGGUUUCCGGCGACGCUCUGUUGAGUUGCUGUUCGUUUUCUGGGUUGUAUUGUGGCCGUUUUGUCUUGGGAUUCGGUCGAUUAAUUCCAGAUUGCCUGUCGGUGGUGGAGAUGGGUUUGGGUUCAGCAUGUACGGGGCUUCCGAGUUCGUUGAGGCGCCGCAGUACCGGAACGGGAAUGACUGUCCGGCGAUUAAGCCGUAUGCUUCCUUAUGUGAUCCAUCUUUUGUACACAUAGCUAUGACGCUGGAUUCGGAGUACCUCCGUGGUUCCCUCGCCGCCGUGUACUCCAUCAACCACCACGCCUCCUGUCCGGAAAACAUCUUCUUCCAUUUCAUCGCGGCGGAGUUCGAUCCGGCCAGUCCACGGCUUCUGAAUCAAAUAGUCCGAUCGACCUUCCCGUCGCUCAAAUUCAAAGUUCAUAUCUUCAGAGAAGACAAGGUGAUUAAUCUGAUUUCUUCCUCAAUUCGUGAAGCACUCGAGAACCCAUUAAAUUUCGCGAGAAUUUAUCUCGGGGAGAUGCUGGAUUCCUGCAUUGACAGAGUUAUCUACCUUGACUCCGACAUCAUCGUCGUCGACGACAUUCAGGAACUCUGGAACACCAAAUUGACAAACCCGGCGGUCAUCGGCGCACCGGAAUACUGCCACGCGAAUUUCACCAAUUAUUUCACCCCUGCAUUCUGGUCCGACCCGGUUUUAUCCCGGGUAUUCAAAUCCAGAAAACCCUGUUACUUCAACACCGGGGUUAUGGUGAUGGAUUUGGAGAGAUGGAGGAAGGGGAAUUACAAGAAGAUGAUUGAGAACUGGAUGGAGAUUCAGAAGAAGCUGAGGAUUUACGAGCUGGGUUCUCUCCCGCCGUUUUUACUGGUGUUCGCUGGCAAUGUGGAACCUAUUCACCACCGGUGGAACCAACACGGCCUGGGCGGCGACAAUGUGAGAGGUUCUUGCCGUCCAAUCCACCCUGGUCCGGUGAGUCUUUUACAUUGGAGCGGAAAAGGGAAGCCAUGGGCAAGACUCGAUUCUGGGAACCCAUGUCCAAUCGACCGUGUCUGGGCGUCUUUCGAUCUCUUCAAGGGCAAAUCGCUGGUUGCUGCUCCGUCGAUGGGGUAUUCCAGCUACUUGAAACAGUAGAUGAUGAUUGAUUCAUUCCGAUUUCCAUUUUCCCAUUUCGAAUUUUUUGUUACGGUGUCUAAAAGAUGAUUCUUUCAUAGCUCUGUACAGAUUAACAGGUGGGAUUAGGAUUUCUUUCCUGAAAUUUAUGUGUUUUACAUAGAAUCAAGAUCAAUUCCUUUCACUUUUGUUCCGGUCCUUGGAACGUUUUUGAUAAUGUAAUUUGAUUGUGAAGAGGAGUAUCAUUCUGUUCUUGUUCAUUUCUUUGACGGGUUUAACAAUUUCUCCAUUCAUAAUGAUUUAUGUACUAUCCGAGUUGAUACUCAUUUAACUUUGUGAGUUGAUAUUUACUAACUUUAAUUCUGUCGAUACAACUUCAAAUUAAGCAAACUAGAUCUUGAUUCGGGUCGAUACAGUUCAAAUUAAGCAAACUAAAUCUCAAUGGAAAAGAAAAGAACAACAUUACCUAUUCUCGAAAAAAAAAAAAAGGGAAAAAGAAAAGAACAAAGUGAAGAAGAUGAUGAUGGCCGGAGAGGCUGACACGGUGUCCGCCGUCGUUGUUGUUCUCAUUCAUUAGUGCUUUCAACCACCAGUCCGGGACCCACCGGAGCAUUUUUCCCUCGCCGUGUUGUGUUUCCUUCCUGAGCUCUGUUUGCACACGUGGGUGACUAACAUUAGUU